AUGUAUACGAGAGGUGCAGUUAUUGACUGUCGCCUUGCUUUUUGGCCUCUUGAUGCCCCUGACGCUAGAGGUGGUACCUGCGUUAGGCUUAUGACUAGCUCAUUGAAGGGAGGCAACACCUUGUUACUGCGUCUUUUCAUUCGAGCGGAACGCGUCGGAUGGAUGAUCUCGGUCGAGUUACCCAGUGCGACAGUCAGAAACCCAGAAAAAAAAACAGUUGACAACCUGAACGAAAACAAGAGGCCCGAUGGUCCGGGCCAGUACCAGCGCAUUGACACCCCCAGCCUUUUUUCCUCUGUCUUCUCUUCUUUCUCACUGCCGGCCACCGGUCAAUCCGUGUCAAAGCUUUAG